AUGACGUCACUAGGUCAGCGACCAACCAGAGACGAGUUACGGGCAUUGAUGCAUUCAGUCGACGGAAACCAUAGUGGUACCAUUGAAUUUGAAGAAUUUCUUGAGAUCUUCGCCCGUAAAUUGAACAUUGACCCCGAAAAAGAAUUGCACGAGGUAUUUAGCGUCUUCGACCAAAAUAAAGAUGGAUUUAUCUCCCCUCCCGAGUUAUUUACAGUGCUGACAAAAUUAGGCGAACUUAUUACACAGGAAGAGGCAGAAGAAAUGGUCAAAGAGGCCGAUUUAAAUGGCGACGGCAAAGUCGAUUAUAGCGAGUGUUUUUCUAUCUAUCUAUCUAUCUAUCUAUCUAUCUAUCUAUCUAUCUAUCUAUCUAUGUUCAUAUCACUGUCUGUUCAUAGAUAUCACAUUUUUCUGCCCAUCAGCUUACUUUUUCCUAGAGUGUUGCUAUCUAUCUAUCUAUCUAUCUAUCUAUCUAUCUAUCUAUCUAUCUAUCUAUGUUCAUAUCACUGUCUGUUCAUAGAUAUCACAUUUUUCUACACAUCACCUUUCUUUUUCCUAGAGUGUUGCUAUCUAUCUAUCUAUCUAUCUAUCUAUCUAUCUAUCUAUCUAUCUAUGUUCAUAUCACUGUCUGUUCAUAGAUAUCACAUUUUCUGCACAUCAACGUACUUUUUCCUAGAGUGUUGCUAUAUCUAUCUAUCUAUCUAUCUAUCUAUCUAUCUAUCUAUCUAUCUAUCUAUCUAUCUAUCACUGUUCAUAUAUAUUUCUCUGUCUAUGUGUAUUCCUGUUUUAAAAAUCACUGAAAUUCUUUUAUUUAUUGUUAUGACGCAAUUGCAAGUAACUUCUUCUUCUUCCGUCCUGCAACUCUUCUCGCCAAGGUCCGAACUCUUCUCUCUGCCGUCUGAGGUGAUCUCUUCUCUCUGCCUUCCGGGGCUGAACUGUUCUGCUUGUUUGGCCUGCAACUUUACUGCCUGUCUGGCCUGCAAUUCUUCUGCUUGUCUGGCCUGCAGCUCUUCUGCCUAUCUGGCCUACAGCUCUUCUGCUUGUCUGGCCUGCAGCUCUUCUGCCUAUCUGGCCUGCAAUUCUUCGGCUUUGUCACGUUCAUUCGUUCGUUUUAUACGUAGGCAAUCAUCGCCUUCUCUAACUCCCUUUCAUAAUAUCUGUAAACUUUAA